GGCGCGCCGUCCGUCCGGCCUGCGAGCCUGCGCGGCGCGCGCACCCGAGCGGCAUGGCGUUCCGGCAGGCGCUGCAGCUGGCGGCCUGCGGCCUUGCGGGAGGCUCGGCCGCCGUGCUCUUCUCGGCCGUGGCGGUGGGCAAGCCCCGCGCGGGCGGGGACGCGGAGCCGCGCGCGACCGAGCCGCCGGCGUGGGCGGGGGCCGCGCGCCCCGGGCCCAGCGUCUGGGACCCCAACUGGGACAGGCGAGAGCCGCUGUCGCUGGUCAACCUGCGGAAGAGGAACCUGGAGUCCGGAGAAGAGGAGCUGGCCUCCAGGCUGGACCACUGCAAAGCCAAGGCCACGAGGCACAUCUUCCUCAUCAGGCACUCGCAGUACCACGUGGAUGCCUGCCUGGAGAAGGACCGCACCCUGACGGCCCUGGGGCGAGAGCAGGCUGAACUGACCGGGCUCCGGCUGGCGAGUUUGGGGCUGAAGUUCAAUAAGAUAGUGCAUUCCUCCAUGACCCGCGCUGUGGAGACCACCAACAUCAUCAGCAAGCAUCUGCCGGGUGUCUGCAGAGUCAGCACUGACCUGCUGCGGGAAGGCGCCCCCAUCGAGCCCGAUCCGCCGGUGUCUCACUGGAAGCCCGAGGCUGUGCAGUAUUACGAAGACGGAGCCCGGAUCGAGGCCGCCUUCCGCAACUAUAUCCACCGGGCGGACGCCAAGCAGCAGGAGGACAGCUACGAGAUCUUCAUCUGCCACGCCAACGUCAUCCGUUACAUCGUGUGCCGGGCGCUGCAGUUCCCGCCAGAAGGCUGGCUGCGCCUCUCCCUCAACAACGGCAGCAUCACCCACCUGGUGGUGCGGCCCGACGGCCGUGUGGCGCUCAGGGCCCUCGGGGACACGGGCUUCAUGCCUCCGGACAAGAUCUCCCGCUCCUGAGGGCCGGGGUGCUCCCUGCCCCCUCGCCUGGCAGGGACACUCCCCUCUCCCCGUGGACACACCUGGCUGCACCCAGGAUGGCUGGCGUCCAAGCUGGAGGCUGGUGCUCCCUCGGGGCCGUCUCCCUGCCCUCGUGGACCAGCACCGCCUGUGGGGUGCAGGGGGGCCCUCUGGGACUGGACGAGUCUGACAGACACCUGGGACCGGCCCAUAGCUCUCCUGGGUGCACCAGGGCUCCCGAGCAGCUUGUCCCCCCACCCCAAAACAGAUUCUGCUUCAGACGUUCACCGGCACCCUUUGUCACUUAGACACUUGUCCCAACUGUCCCCCUCUGGGUUCUUGCUUGGAAGGCCAGGGGCCCUGUCGUGGCUGGGGGUGGCCCAGCUGGGAGGCUGGGCUUUUCCCGGCCCCAAGCACACCGGGCAGGUGAUGGAGGAGACCCGGCAGGGCCGCUGUACAAAAUGCCUAGCUCAGCUGCCUUUGCUCUAUAAGCAGCAGGUGUGGCGUGUCCAUCCCAAACAUUACGUUGAUUUAGGAAAAACUGUCAUUUCUAUCAAGUGUGUCAACGUUUUCUGCAGUCAGUACAGUAACGUGGUCCAUUAUCUCUGUCAACUUUGGAAGUAACCAUGAAUUAAAGUUUUAUUUUACUG